AUGGCCGAGCUACAGAAGUCUCUCCAGCCCAGUCCGGCCCAGUCUGUCCAGUACAGCCGCUCCAGGGCCAUCCACCAACAUCACCACCCCCACACCCAGCACCAACAGCCCCAGGACACUCUUAGCAGGUUGGGCGCCAGCACCGCCCCUUCCUCCUUCACCACCACCCUGCGGAGGGAUGUGCCCCCCACCAGGACCCCCGCCCAGGGCCAGAGCAGGCCCCUCCUGCUGGCCAGAAAGAGCCUGUCCUUCUCCAGCCAGGACCUGGCCCGCUACCUGUGUGAGAUCAUCCGGGACGCUGACCAGGCCCCAGAGUCGGCCCCCUUCGACUCCCUGCAGGUGUUCUCCACGGAGGGGGGAGGCUCGCUGGCCGGGUCCCUCAGCUCCUUCAGCUCAGCCGGGCUGGAGGAGGACACGGCUAGGGGCCAAGACUCCCUGAAGGAUUGGGGCCCACGUUUUGAGAAAGUCAAAGCCCUCUACGAGAAGACAGAGGCCAGCGACCUCUGAACGCUGAGGGAGACCGACCAAGCUACCGUGCUGCAGAGACCACCAAACAGCAGGAAACUACAGAGCUACAGGAAACUAAUUGGAAGCAUAGGAGGAGAGAGAGAAGUUCAGGAAGGAGAGAGAGACUGAUAGAGAGCUUGGCCUCUCCUCUCUUGGAGUGACUUAUUCUCCACAGGGUUUUUUCUCUAAACGGGCCUAGAGAGAGGCUGAGGCUGGGACUGAUGUUAACCUAACCAGGCCUAUAGCUGAGACUCACUGUUCACUGGAUAAUGGGAGCUGCCAAUCAAUGACACGGACAGAUUAAUUAUGGCACUUACCGAGCAUGGCACACAGACCUAUUGCAGUGGCUUGCGGUUGACAAUAAUUUGGGUGAAAAUGUUAUUGUAUUUGUCAGUGAAAUGAAUUGUGAGGAUUGCCUCGCACCUCUUGGCCCUUGAUAUACCAUAUUCUGUUCUCUAUGUCUGUGAUACAUCAGUGUUUUAAAAACUGCUUAGACAUUUGAUACAGGAAGAUUUUUUCUGUGGCCUUCCAGUGGACUUUCUUUCCAAAAUCUCUUUGCUGGUUGUGCAGUCACAGUUAACAGUUGUGCUCGUAUGUUAUACCUAAACUUCUCCUUACUUGAUUUGGUUUUCUAUUCACUUCACUCUCCCCUCCAUUCAUUAAUAUUCACCGGAGGAAGAGAGCUCCGAAAUCAAGCUGGAGAGAAGAAAAGAAAGGACAGAGGAGCUGAGGAAAGGGCCUUUUCUGUUUCUCAGCUUUAACCUUCUUUCUCAGGAAUACCAAACAUUCUGAACACCACCAUUGCAGCAGAGGACCAUGCUAUGAAUACAAAUGACAAAUUCAUCGUGAAUGGCGGUCCAAGGUGAAAAAAGUGGAGAGAGGGUCGCGCCGAAGCCUCCUAUAGAAUUGACAGUGGACACCCUCUGACCCUCGCUGUUGUUGCCAUGGCGUUGUGAUAGUGGAGGCAGUUAUAGUUGACUGUGUUCACUGAUAUAUGUCUGGAAGGGAGUGUUUACCAGUUGUGUUAAAGAGGUGGUGGGGGCGUUCACAGUAAACAGUAUGAGCCCAAGGGAAAUGAUCCAGCUACAUGGGUAUUCAUACUAAGGAUCUCACCCAGUGGGGCUCAGCUAUUUAUCUUCCCCAAAGCUGGAGGAUGAUGCCCCCACAAACAGUUCUCCCUCCCCUAUCAUAUAAACCAGGACCAAUCUGCCCAAACUAAAAACGCUUCAGAAGCCAGUGUUCACUGCAUUUGUGUUGUUCACCUUUGAGAGAGGAGUGGAGAGUGGAGGUGAAAUUAGCCAAAGAAUGCAGAAGGGCGGAAAGGAGGGAGAGUUUGUGCUGAAUCAAAGCACCUCCGGGACUCUGAGUUAAAUGUGCUUGUGUGAGGAGCUGUGAAGCUCCAUGGGGAGUAGAGAAGGGGACAAGAAAGGGUUUUGGAAAUGGUUUGUUGCACAGCAAAUGGAAUAAAUAAGAAGUAAUGUUACCUUCCUCUGCGAUAGACUAAACACCAACAUUGUAUUUAAUGUAUUUCGAGGUAGCAUCAGCACACCCUUCUCAUUAUUUUGAUUUAGUUUAAAAAAAAAAUCAGUGCAGAGACGCUGCAUGUUGAGCGUGACGGCACAACAGUAAAGGGUAGGAGUGUGUUAAAAACACAUCAGCGCACUAAUCCUAAUGGGAGUUGAUGGCGGCGCUGUCAUGCUGUAAACCAAAGGAUCACGGGAGUUUUAAAAGUCGAUUGAGAAGUCGACAUUCUGAUUACGGAUUUCAAACGUGCCAAUUUUCUGAAGGCAGCAACAACGUGAGUUUAAAAUAGGAUAGGGAGGUGAGGGAACGGAGCGCUGCCGCAAUGCAAUGCUUUUUCAUAGACAUCAAAAGCUCCUCAAGGGAUGGAGUUUUGAUUCAUCCUCCGAGCACGGUUGGCCAGGAACCUGGCUUAUAGAGGAGCUAGUAAAAAUAAUAAUGAUUAAAAUGUUAAGAUUGUGUUUGGGAUUCACAGGAUUUCUCUCUGGGUUGGAGAGAAAUGAUUCUACUUUAAUUUGUAUCAUAAAUGGCUUCAACAUUGUCUAAUGGAUACAAACAUAUUGUGGAAUUUUAUGUUUUUACCUCAUUUGUAUAUUGGAAGAUAAAGUCAUUGCUUUUUUAAUGUGUCAAUGGAAGAACUAUGGAUCACGUACUGCUUCUUUAAGAAA